AUGGAGAGGGCGACUCGCCUCGCAGUAGGCUGCAUCCUUGUUUCCUUCUCGCUUUUUUCUUGCUCUCUCUCUUCUUCCCCGAGAUGGCCAGCUGCCGUCUGGGCUCUGAGGCCUCCAUCGUCCUCCCCCCUUGCAACGAUUCCGGCCCCGCCGCAUCUGCCGGGUGUCCAUACACCGGCGCCGCCGCCCGCCCGGUCGCACAUCACGUCUUCGUCUCACUCGUCUUCACUCUCUUCCCCCAGCGCCUCUGCUAAAACUUCUCUGACUCACUACGGAAGUUCUGCGGAGGACGCAGGGAGCGGCUCCGCCGCUUCUUCUUCGCCAGUGAGAGACGCGGCGCGGCGUCCCUGGUCCGGUGUAGAUACGCCGGCAGCUGUCGAGACACCCGGAGGCGCCAGGGAGCAGGGGGCACAGGAGCAGAGCUCGUUUGACUCGACGCCUCAGAGUUUUCCGUCUCUUUGGUCGCAGCUUGAUACACAGUUGAGCGCGGCACACGCCGAGGGACAGGGGGAGGUUAAGCCAGCCGGAAGUUCUCCUUUGUCGCGAAAUUCACUCUCAGCAACGAGCAUCACGCGGCGGCGGGUUGCUUCGUUUUCCACUCUCGUGCCCACGCCUCCCGAUAUGUCUGCAUUGCCCGUUCAAGGGCUCCUCCAGGCCUCCAGCGACCCCGACGAGGGCUGGGGCGUGCAGCUUUCGCUUCGCGGCGCGCUUUCCUCCUUCCCUUCGUCCCCCAUCUUCUCUCUUCACACUCGAGCGAGCCGCGCCGCUCCCUCAGAGGAGACAGCCAAAGACGCGACCUCUGCGGAUCCCUGUGCGUCUCCACCGGUUGCGAGGGAGUCUCCCACGCUCGCCAGUCCGGCUGAGGACGCGGAAGAGAGGGCGCGCAGCGCGCGGGCCCGCGGAGGCGCCGCCCAGAGAAUCUAUUCUGUCUCCUUCAGCGCCCCAACCGACGAACUGUGGGGGCAGGACGUCGUGGUCUGCAUGAACUGGGCGCAGCCGCAGCCGUCUGCCAGUCUGUCAGACUCGGCGUCGCCUGCGGACCCGCUCCCCCCGGCCGACCUCGCGUCCGCAUCCACUGCGCUCCCCGGCGUCGACGGCGAGCGGCAAUCGGCGCCUGCAGAGGCCGCGGCUGGAAGGAGACCGGAGGCGGCAGACGCCCGCGCGGCGAAGACUGUCUCCGUCGCGGUCGCCUUUGGCCACGUGCCCGACGCGUGUGCUUGGGGGCGCAAAGGGAGCGAAGGACAGAAGACGCGAGGCAGAGCCGAGUGUGAAAAACCGCAGGUGGAGCUUGGAGGAGGAAGAGCUGGGGGCCAGCGUCCGCAGGGCGAGGCCUCUGCUGCCUCUGCAGAGACUGCCGAAGGCGUCGUUCACAGAGAAGGAGAGGACCGCGGAGGGAGAGCGGCGACGCGAGGCGACGCGCGGCAGCUCCAGGGCGCGUCGAGUUUGUCCGUUCUUCACGUGCUGCAUGCAGCUCCCACCGCCAUGUCGCUCGACGGGAACUACGACGUCAACUUCCUGUUGCCGCUCCGCCUGAUGCCUCCUGUGACCUCGCAUGCACUCUGGGGCCACUCGCGAGCUCCUCGCCGAAGCCCUGAGGAUCGGGAGGCUGAACGAGAGGCUGGAAGCGGAUCUCCGCUGGGCGGGAGGAACGCAGCGGGCGUUGCGGAGAGGAGCCCGACUUCCGCUGCCGAUACGCAAAGAGACCUUGCUUCCUCCUCGAUGGAAAUCUCAUCUUCAGAUGCGGACAGCGCGAAUUUGUGUGCGUCUUCUGCGAGUGGGCGCCGGAGACACACGGGGCGCCGGAUCGGCGAGAGCCAUAAUACCGGCGCGGGCGUCUUGUUGGGCUCCAUGUGCCGCGGGCCAGGGGACGAAGUCGAAGAGACUCUGAGUGACUCGCUGGAGCGGAGACCGCGCGGGCGGCUGGACGCCGCAGGCGAGGAGGCGGAAGACCGUGCGGGGCGCGCCAUGCGCGGAGGUGCGCGUCUGGCGCACGACGAAGCAGCGAGGCAGGGAGCCGGCGGCCUUGUCGGCACCGCGGAUGCGUCGGCUGGUAUUUCCGCGCCGUUGACAAAGUCCGCGAUGAAGGCCGCGCUCAGCUCUGCGCUCCUCGUGGUGAAGCCGCAGCUGUCUGGCGGGUGCGACGGACACUUUGCCAGCCAAACGCUGGCGCUGACGCCUCUGCGCCCGUACCUGGGGUCGCGCGGGCCCUCCGAGCCGCGCCGCCGCGUGGAGGCGGGCUGGGUAGAACGCGAAAAGCAAGAGGGCGUUUCGCCCGCGAGAGCCAGGGGCGACGAGGAGGCGGAAGCCGUGGAGGCUGAACUGCGCGACGAAGAGGGCGACGCCUUCCUGGAUAUUGCCGUGCCGCUCUCGCUGUCUGUGCGCGGCGAGGAUCUCCCGGUCGACCUCGCGCUCUGUCUGUACACCAGCCGCCUGGACACGCACCCACUCGCCUUCGGCGCAGUUCACCUCGGCGCGCCGCCUCCUAUCGGUGCCGAGGCACUUGCGCAGCUUCCGCUCGCUUCACCCGCGAGCGGAGAGGCGGAAGCGAACCGGGCACAUGCGGCGAAGUGCGUGGGACCUGAGGGCCUUGCACCUAAGGCCGCGGACGCGAAAGAGGCCGGCGAGACGCAGCAGGUGGAGCCCGCCGGAGCGCAGGGGGGGGGGUCAGCUUGGACUGUCGACAGCCCGAGUGUGCCUGAGAAAGUCCUCAGUUGGCUGGCCAGGCAAGUCGCCCACUUGAACUUCAUGCGCCGUCGCCCGCACGCGGAGACCGUGGGAACAGUUGGCCCCGCCGAGGGCGCGGAGCGGACGGCGGUGGAGGGGCAUGGAAAGGAGGCGUCGAGCGUCCGCGGCGAGCCCGCGGCCGCGGACUCGACCGCGGUCGGCGCCGCGGAGGAAGGCUGGUGGAGCCGAGUGACGGCCUUCGUGGCGUCGCCUCUGGGGGGCGCGCCCGACUCGAGAGGCUCGACGGAAACUGAGGGCAGCGGCGACGCGGCGUCGGCGGAGGACGAUCAGGCGGGCGCAGAGGGAGAACAGGAGCACCGAACCCAGUUCGGCGCGCCAGCGGCCAGGUGGCUGCUGUACCUGCCUUUCGCUGUCUUCGUCGGCUCGGUCUGCGGAUACCUCCUCACGCUGCACUGGCAGGCGAGGGCGAAGCUGCGGGAAGCGCGGGCGAAGACGUGCAACGGGCCCUGCUGCUCAGAGGCGCCCUCUGAUUUGAUGGCGAUCCGUUCGUCGCUGCGAGCGGCGAGCGCCAUGACCUGCGGGUCAGUCUCUUCUUCCUCGCCGUUUUUGCCACUCUCGUCUUUCGGCGACCGCCUGGCGUGGGGGCGGCGGGCCGAGAGGGGCGCGGCGCCCGGAUCCUCUGCCGCGUCGCAGGCGGCCUUCCUCUCUUGCGGCGAGGCGCUGUUUUCUUCCACGUCGUCUGCCUCUUCUCGCGCCUCGCGCAAGUCGAGCCACGGCUCUUCGCGGAGGAGCAGGAAGGCGCGGCACCCGCCAGCGUACGUCACGCCGAGCCGGCGGAUCUACGAGACGCUGUGGGGCGGCGAGGCAGAAGAGCGAGACGACGCGAGGCGCGAGGAAGACCCGGAGCGCAGAAGCCUCUUGGCUGGCGCCGACGCCUGGCACUGGGCUGACGAUGAGGGCACAGCCAGUGGACGGCGAAGAGGCAGACGCGAGCGCAGAGCGGCGCGCGAGAACGACGUAACGAGAUGGCAGAUCUCCUACUAG